AUGCGCUUCAGCCAGCGCGUGUCCCGUCGCGGAAUGCAGAUGCCCGUCUGCGUCUCCUGCUCUUCCAUGAUGGUGGCUGGGCCGCCGCCAUCGCUGCUGCUGCUGCUGCUGCUGUUGCUGUUGCUGCAUCGGGCGAUGGGCGAGGAUUGUAGCAAGAAGCGAAAAGUUGGUCACGGGUGCUCGUUCUUUUUGCCCGCGUCUGUUGAUCUGCGUUACUUGCUUUUCUUCCUUCAACCUUCAACCUCAACCUUCGACCUUCGACCUUCAACCUUCAACCUGUUCCCGCCAACGAUACAGAAAAAUUUCAACGAGACAACACCAGCAUCAUACACCACUAUCACCACCACCAUCACCACCACCAUCACCACCACCAUCACCACCACCAUCACCACCACCAUCAUGUCAACUCCCUCCGAGCCUCCCCCUCCCUACACAGCAAACGCAGCCCCCUCACAAUCAGCCUCCACCAACACCCUCCGCGUCCCCAACACCCGCAACGGCAUCCCCCCUCUCUCCCGCCGCUCCAUGGAAGACGAGGCGCGCGCUCUGCCGCCCGGCUGGUCGCGCCAAUACGAUGCAGAGACGCACCACCAAUUCUUCGUCGACACACGCGCCUCGCCCCCGCGCUCCAUCUGGCACCACCCCUACGAUGACGAGACCUACCUGUCCUCCCUCCCCGCCGAGGAACGUACGCGGAUCCAUUCUCUGCAUCGCGUCCCGACGGCCGCCGAUCUCGAGGCGGAGAGCAGCGGCGACGAUGACGACGAGGACGAUGAUCAUCAUGCCACGGCAGGAACCGGGAGAGCAGAGCUCCCUCCGCGGGGAAACGGAAACGGAAACGGAAGCCACGAGGAUGAACCCACCGGCGUACACAAACUGACCCGCAAGAUGAAAGACAAGCUCACAUCCUCGACGCACCAGGAGCGCGAGGCGCAGCGCCAGCAGCGUGCCCGCGACGAGGCGGCCGCCUACGAGCGCCAUCAGCACAUCCGUCGGCAGAUGAGCAAGGCCAUGGCGACGGGGGAGCCGCAGCUGCUGGGCCGGGACCGGGAGGGCAAGGAGGUGUAUAUCGAGCCGCCGCAGAUGCCCAUCGGGUUCGGCUAUGGAGGUCGCGGGUAUGGGAUCAACCCGUACUCGAGCGGGCUCUAUGGGUACCCGGGCAUGGGCAUGAGAGGGGCGGGGGUGGGAAUGGGAAUGGGUGGUGGAUAUGGGCAGCAGCGAUAUGCGAGGCCUGCGUACCCGUAUAGUCGGCCCUAUGGAGGCGGCUACGGGGGUGGUUUUGGCACGCCGCUGCUCGGUGGGCUGGCGGGUGGUGCGUUGUUGGGGGGUUUGUUGUUCUAG